UUCGCCCGCGCAAUGGCGAUGGUUGUGAAGAUUUUUGGGAGAAUGGAGUUGGGACCGACUGGGGGCCUCCAAUUUCCUCAGUGGAACCAAUUAUCGCGGGAAGUGGAAGCUGCAAUGUCAAGCAAAAGUAAACCCCAAAACCCCCAAAAGCCAAAAACAAAACCCAAAACCAAAAGUCCCCUUAAAAAUCUCUAUCGCUCACCCACCCCCUCCUUCCUUUCACCAUAAACCAAUCAAAAGUUGUUCAAAGCAACAACCCCCAAUCAUUAUCAUCAUUGCUUUUCAUUUUUCUCUCUAUGUAAGUUCCUCUUUCUCUCUGUUUUUGUGAUUCCUUUCUUGGGUUUUCGAGAAUUUUUUGUUGGGAAUUCAAAUGGGUUCUGUUUGUUUUCUUCAGAUUGUUGAGUUUUGAUUGGUUUGUCUUGUGAUGGGUUCGUUUGUGAUUGAUCUUUUGUUUUAUUGAUUAGAGUGGAGGAGAUUUUUUUAGUUUUUUUUUUUUAAGAAAAGGGGUGGUGUUGGUGAAUUUGAAUUGCCGAGGAAGUGAUUUUCUGAUGGAUUCCUUUGAUGAGAUUUCCGUGUUUGGGUAUGAUAUGAAUUCAAGCAACAUGGGUGAUUCUGAAUCUUCUGGGGUUCUUGAAAUUUUUGUUCAUCAUGCUAGAAACAUUCACAAUAUAUGCAUCUAUGAAAACCAGGAUGUUUAUGCAAAGUUUUCUCUCACUUAUAAUCCAGACCAAACCUUGUCCACUAGAGUCAUUCAUGGAGGUGGGAAGAAUCCUGAUUUCAAUGAAAAUUUGAGGAUGAAAAUUACUCAGCUUGAUUCUGUUCUCAAAUGUGAGAUUUGGAUGCUUAGUAGGGCUAGAAACUAUUUGGAAGAUCAGCUUUUGGGAUUUGCUUUGGUCCCACUAUCACAAGUUAUUGGUAAAGGGAAAGUGACAGAGAAUUAUAGCCUCUCUUCUACAGAUCUCUUCCAUUCCCCGGCUGGAACGGUCCAGUUAAGUCUGUCGUUAGAUAAAUCGUUGCGUGCUGAUGCAUUGAAUUCGGUAUCCGAUCUGCCGGUUAGUUCAUCUAUUUCUUCAGAAGUUGUGUUGUUGGACAGGAAAAUAUCAGAAGUGAUGUUGGAUUCAGCUGAGUAUUCUAGGAUUGAAUUCCCUGAUGUUAAUGUGGUGAUGGAGAAUCAACAAAUGGUAUCUGAGUACUUUGCUCUGGCCAGAAAUGAUUCCUGUUCGAGGCCUGGAAUUGCCACGUUUCUCCGUCUCGGUGCGUCGCCUCCUCAACCGCCCUAUGACUUUGAAAUGACUGCUAAUUCAACUGAAGAACACCAACCGGGAUCAGUUUCCCCAAAUGACAGCAGCAUUCGAAACUCCAGCUUUUUAAGCUCCACAACGACGAGUUUAAGUGAUGAUAGAAACUCUGUUGAUUCUGCUGAAAAGAAAACCCGUUUCUCAGGUGAGUCGUUGAAUUCUGUUAAUGCUUCAGUCACUACUACUGAAGCCAAAAAUCAAGUCUCUGGUCGUUGUCCAGAUACUCCAACUUCACGGAAGAGUGGCCGAGCUGUGGAGGAUAAGGAAUCAAAAUUUACAAAGAAGGAAGAUAAGAUUAGCAUAAAAAAGGAAGGAAGUAUUCCUUCUGUGAAAUUUGGUCAGCUCUUUUCAGCUCCUUUAGGGAACAUUAAUCUUGAUGCCGAGCAAUCUGCAAUGCAGCAGCAAAUUGUUGACAUGUAUAUGAAGAGUAUGCAGCAGUUUACAGAGUCUUUGGCAAAGAUGAAACUUCCGAUGGAUCUCGAUAAGCCUGAGCUUGAACACCGAGGUGUUGUGAUUCAAAGCCAUGAUCCCAAACCCGAAAUCGACCAAAAUAAAAAGGACGGAUCUCGGGUUUUCUACGGUAGCAGGGCAUUCUUCUGAUAAUCAUAGGUCGUGCAAAUUUGACACUUCUAGCAAGGUAUGGAACUCAUAACUUAUCAGGAGCUAUUCAAACUUCCCUGGCUUCAUAAUCAAAUGGUAUUUAUGACUAAUCUUUAAUACUAUUUUUUGUUCUUCUUAGCUUGCAACUCUUCUUAAAGAGUUGUUCCUAAUAUAAUAUCUAUACUAAAUCAUCUGUCAUAGUCAUGGCAACAUGACAUUCUUUGUCUAUUGUUUAGAGUUUGUUUUUUCAUGCAAUGUAUAGAGAUUGAUUGUAUCCAAGCAAGCUGUACUAACACAGAGUUUGCUUAUAUGUUAAAUAACAAUACUCUUUGUACUCAUUAGUCAUAUAAUUCCACUGUUUAAGAAUAGAAAUCACUUAUAUGUUAAUUCAACAACUUUUCUUUUA